AUGGCGAGUGAGGCACGGCAUGAGGAAGGCCGGGCUGCUCCAGGACCUGUGGAGGACAGCGGCCUGCGAAGUGGCCCUUUAGAGGGACAGCGUGCAGGUUGUCCCGGGGAGCAGCCCCCGGAGAGCUGUAGCGCCAAGCCGGAACAGGUCGCAGCAGGUGCGCAGGCGCAGGACGAGACGCCUGAAGAGGCCGCCGUCUUCUGUGGGGUGCUGGUAGAGGAGAGCUGGGCCGGGAGGGGGAGAGUGGAGGUGCAGGAGGAGGACGUGUUGGUGGUGGGGGAUGGAAUGCCGGAGGUGGAGGUCGUGGCCAUGGCGGACCCGGAAAAGCAGGUGCAGACGGAGGAGCAGGAGCAGCGCGAACACCCCCAGGUCGAGCAGGCCCAGCCAUCGCCUGCACCCGGCAGCCUCGGGCGCUCCCUGGAGGCCCUGGAGAUUAUUCAAUUAGAGCUGAACGCCUGGAACACCAGAGCCAGCAGGGCCUACUUUCGCCUGCGGCGUAAGCUGUUGCAGAGUUGCAAGCCGUACCUGGACCAGAGAAGACUCAUCAUCCAGUGCGUCCCCGGCUUCUGGGUCCAAGCAAUUGUGAACCACCCGGAGAUAUCAAUCAUGAUCACUCAGGUUGAGGAAGACAUGCUCAGCUACCUGAUCAAUUUGGAGGUGCAGGAGUUCAGAGGCACCAAGAACCACUGCAAGAUCAUGUUUUUCUUUGGGAGCAACCCCUAUUUCGGGAAUGAAAUGAUCAUUAAGGAAUAUGAAGUUAACAUCACAGGAUACAGGGCCUCUCAUUCCACUGCAGUCCAGUGGUUGUGGGACUAUGAACGUGAGUCCCGCUGCCGCACACAGCUUGGCUGCAGGCUUCACUUCUUCAGCUGGUUCUCUGACCACAACAGCCCAGGGUCUAACAGGAUUGCUGAGAUCAUCUGCAAGGACCUAUGGGUCGAUCCUUUGCGGUACUACCUGAGGGACUAA